ACAAUGCAAACUGACAUGUCUUUUCUCUUCACAGGGAUCACCCUCAUCUCACUGCAGCUGUCCUUUAAGAUCGCCAGCCUGGCCUACACUCCCAUCUACACCAAGGUGUACCAGGCUACACUGGACUGGUUCCCCGGGUUCGUCUUCACCCUGUCCAGCAUCUUCACCGUCCUCGCCACCAUACCUGUCAGCGUGGUGGGCUGCAGAGCUGGCCUGGCUGACGGUUAUGAAAGGAUCCCGGGGGACUGAGGGUGGUGAUGUCAUCGUGUCACCACAUCGGGCUAUGAGACAAUACUGGGGGGGUACUGUGAAUGUUGGGGAAACUGCACUAUAACGAGCCUUUGAUUGAAUCCCAGCUGAGAUUGAGCCAAUGGACAUGAACUGACGGGGUAUUAAUGAGAAGAAUGUUGACAUUCUCCAGAGGUUGACUGGUCCACUGUCUAUUACCCAUGGCCUUAAUAUAGAAUAAUCAUAGACUGCCUAUUAACCAUGGCCUUAAUAUAGAAUAAUCAUAGACUGGUCCAUUGUCUAUUAACCAUGGCCUUAAUAUAGAAUAAUCAUAGACUGGCUAUUACCCAUGGCCUUAAUAUAGAAUAAUCAUAGACUGGUCCACUGUCUAUUACCCAUGGCCUUAAUAUAGAAUAAUCAUAGACUGCCUAUUAACCAUGGCCUUAAUAUAGAAUAAUCAUAGACUGGUCCACUGUCUAUUACCCAUGGCCUUAAUAUAGAAUAAUCAUAGACUGGUCCACUGUCUAUUACCCAUGGCCUUAAUAUAGAAUAAUCAUAGACUGCCUACUACCCAUGGCCUUAAUAUAGAAUAAUCAUAGACUGGUCCACUGUCUAUUACCCAUGGCCUUAAUAUAGAAUAAUCAUAGACUGGUCCACUGUCUAUUACCCAUGGCCUUAAUAUAGAAUAAUCAUAGACUGCCUACUACCCAUGGCCUUAAUAUAGAAUAAUCAUAGACUGGUCCACUGUCUAUUACCCAUGGCCUUAAUAUAGAAUAAUCAUAGACUGGUCCACUGCCUAUUAACCAUGGCCUUAAUAUAGAAUAAUCAUAGACUGGUCCACUGUCUAUUACCCAAGGC